UAUGCUGUAUGCAAGUUUUGCAAUAAGUGUUUAUUUUUAUCCGAGAAAAUUACACUUACUUACUUUUUUCUUCUGAGCUAUUUAUAAUAAUGAUUGAGGAGGACAACAAAACGCUCUGGUGUGGCAAUUUAGCUGAACAAGUGACUGAAGAGCUUUUGUACGAGCUCUUUUUACAGGCAGGUCCACUAGAAAAAGUAAGAAUUCCAAGAGAUCGAGAUGGGCGCCAAAAAAACUUUGCGUUUAUAACAUUUUGCCAUGAAGUAUCAGUACCUUACGCUAUAGGCCUUUUCCGUGGUACAUCUCUAUUCCACAGAGCCUUGAGUUUGGAUACAAGAGGUAGAGUGACGAGGCUUCCUCCUCCUAUACGAAGUGGCACAGAUGCUAUGCCAAUUUCUGACUUUAAUGGCCAAGCAAACAUUGCAAAACAGUUUGCUGAUAUGACUGAAAGACUAUGGGAGGAGAACCCUAGGCCUAGCCAUAUGCCAACACAGAGGCCAGAGAGAAAUGAUAAGCUAGUGAUGGCCAGUCUACAAGGUAACUGGUCACACAGGCAUCAUCCGUACAAACCCAAGGAUAAUAAGGCUCAUAAUCAGAGUGAAUAUAGACAUAAAGAUGACAAGUUUAAAAGGGAAACUAGGAACAAACGUAACUCGUGGAGGGAUAGGAGGGGCUAUGGGAAUCGUAGACGAGAUUGAUCUAACUUUAAAAGUAAAUGGAAGUGGAUAUAAGAAAUGUGCAAGGAAGAUAAAUGAUCAGCUAGUAAAUAUCAAGGACAUGAUAAGAUCUGAUUGCUAGUGUCUACUGAGUACUGUGUGUGGAUAAUAUGCAAAAAAAAAGUUUCCUACUGGUAUAUUUUGUCCUAAUUCAUCUUGGCAUAUUUCUGGUGGUACAAUAUCCACAAUUUAAGCACUAAAUACAGAAAAUGGGGUAACAUUAUGCAGCAACGGACUUGAAAUAGAAUUUCUAAAUAGUUUUUUUAAUGUAACAUAUAACACAGAAAACUGCAGUGGUAUUUCGAUCCAAUAGCUCACUUUUUAAGAGUUCUGCUCCCUACUUGGAAUCUAUUAUGUUUAAUGCUCCAGUUUUUAUUGUUAAAACAUCUAAUGGACAAGGAGUUUCUUUUGCGCCCAAAGAUUUCCUUUUAUGUUAUAUGAAGUUUUUAUCAUGAGGUUUAGUUUAAGCUAGACUAAUUUGCAUGAUGCAAGGCUACACGUCAAAGACUUGAGUGAUACUCUAUUGAUUGGUUGGGUGCCAGAUAGUCUGAAAUACUUUCAGGAGAAUAUGUUAUCAUCAUCAUCAUCAUCAACCCAUUGCCAGACCACUACUGAGUACCAUUUGUUCAUCAGUCAACAUUUCUUUUCGCUUCAUGCGCUGUAGGAAAGUAUAUUAAAUAAACAAGCGC